AUGAACCUGACGCAGGAGCUGGAGCUUUUCUCCGACUGUAGAGUGACUCAGAUGCUUUUUAAAGACGUAAAAAACGCGGCAGAGUUGAGACAAAGGGCCGUGGAGGGAAAAAUAAACGGAGCCCUGAUAAACCCGAAAAUGCUGUAUAAAAUCCCCCCCCAGGAAGAGGAGUGUGGGACUCUGCUGGACGCGGUUGUUUGCAGAAUGGCCAUAAAAGACGUCAUAAAUGAAACUCAGAACCAGAGACACCAGGAGGGUUCAAUUAACGUUCGGCCCUCCUCUCGGGCGUUUUCAGAAGUGGGCGAGUUCUUCCUUCCCGACGUUCCCUCCGCUGAGCACGCAGACCACGCUCCUCCCUCCAGCUCGGGGAUCCUGUCGUUGGCGAUGGCGGCGAAGGCGGCGGCGCCCGAGGGUUCGACCACCAGACCGGCGCUGAACAGCGAGGCCACGGCCGCCCGGAGCUGCUGCUCGCUCACCAGCACCACGCCCGCCCCGAAACGCGCACACAGCCGGAAGGGCAGCCGGCCUGGAGAA